AUGGCCGAGGUCCCCGGCGCGGCGCUGUCCCAGGCGGGUUGGUAUCUUUCAGAUGAAGGCAUUGAAGCUUGCACAAGUUCUCCUGAUAAAGUCAAUCUAAAUGACAUCGUCUUGAUUGCUCUCAAUACAGACUUGAGAACAAUUGGCAAGAAAUUCCUCCCUAGUGACAUCAACGGUGGAAAGGUAGAAAAGCUUGAAGGUCCAUGUGUUUUGCAAAUUCAGAAAAUUCGCAAUGUUGCUGCGCCAAAGGAUAACGAGGAGUCUCAGGCAGCUCCGAGAAUGUUGCGACUGCAGAUGACUGAUGGUCAUACAAGUUGCACAGCAGUAGAAUACAGUUAUAUGUCAAAAAUAAGCCUGAACACACCACCUGGAACUAAAGUUAAGCUCUCAGGCAUCGUGGAUAUAAAAAAUGGAUUCCUGCUCCUGAAUGACUCCAACACCACAAUCCUUGGGGGGGAAGUGGAACACCUUAUUGAGAAGUGGGAGUUACAGAGAAGCUUGUCAAAACACAAUAGAAGCAAUAUUGGAACUGAAGGUGGACCACCUCCUUUUGUGCCUUUUGGACAGAAGUGUGUGUCGAAUGUCCAAAUGGAUAGCAGUGAACUUGAUCGAAGGAAGACACUGCAAGUUAUAAUGCCUGUCAAAUCCAAUGAUAAUGAUGAAUUUGAAAAGCAAAGGACUGCUGCUAUUGCAGAGGUUGCAAAGAGCAAAGAAACCAAGACAUUUGGAGGAGGUGGUGGUAGUGCAAGAAGUAAUCUCAAUAUGAGUGCUGCUGGUAACCGAAAUAGGGAAAUUUUACAGAAAGAAAAGCCAACCAAGUCAGAGGGGAAACAUGAAACUGUCUAUAGAGAACUGGUUGAUGAGAAGGCUCUGAAGCACAUAACAGAAAUGGGCUUCAGUAAGGAAGCGUCAAGGCAAGCUCUUAUGGAUAAUGGCAACAACUUAGAAGCAGCACUGAAUGUACUUCUUAACAGCAAUAAACAAAAACCUGUUUCAGGUCCACCUCUGAGAGGUAAAGGAAAAGGCAGGGGGCGAAUAAGAGCUGAAGAUGAAGAAGAACUGGGAAAUGCAAGGCCAUCAGCACCAAGCACAUUAUUUGAUUUCUUGGAGUCUAAAAUGGGGACUUUGAGUAUGGAAGAGCCUAAAUCUCAACUGCAGCAGCUACAUCAGGGGCAACACAGAUUUUUGAAUACUGAGCAAAAUGGAAUAAAAGACAGUAAUCAAACAAGAUAUCUUCCUCGGAAUGAUACCAGACAGCCAAGAAAUGAAAAACCGCCUCGUUUUCAAAGAGACACCCAAAAUUCGAAGUCAGUUUUAGAAGGCAGUGGAUUGCCUAGAAAUAGAGGUACUGAAAGACCAAGUACUUCUUCGGGAUCUGAAGGAUGGGCUGACGAGAGAAUCAGAUAUGAUAGACCCUAUUCUAGAUAUGAUAGGACUAAAGACACCUCAUACUCUUUAGGUUCUCAGCACAAUGAUGGUGCUUUUAAAAAAAGGGAAAACUCUAUGCAAAGCAGAUCAGGAAGAGGUCCAGCCUAUGCAGAGGCAAAAGAAAAUCCACUUCCUCAAGAAUCCAUAGAUUAUAAUAAUCAAAAACGUGGGAAAAGAGAAAACCAAACAGCAAGUCCUGAUAAUUUUUAUGACGGGAAACCACGAACAAUAAAUAAUGAAGCUUUCAGUGGUGUAAAAAUUGAAAAACAUUUUCCUGUAAAUACUGAUUACCAGAAUCCUGUCAGAACUAAUAGUUUCAUUGGUGUUCCAAAUGGAGAGACAGAAAUGCCACUGAAGGGAAGGCGAGUAGGACCUAUUAAGCCAACAGGACCCAGCACAGCCACACCCUAUGAUGAUAAACUAUUUUACAAUAGUGGUCCCAAAAGAAGAUGUGGGCCAAUUAAGCCAGAAAAAGUACUAGAACCAUCUAUUCCUGUGGAGUAUGCAAAAGUGUGGAAACCUGGAGAUGAAUGUUUUGCACUUUAUUGGGAAGACAAUAAGUUUUACCGAGCAGAAGUUGAAGCUCUCCAUUCUUCAGGUAUGACAGCAGUUGUUAAAUUCACUGAUUAUGGAAACUAUGAAGAGGUGCUACUAAGCAACAUCCGGCCCAUUCAAACAGAGGCAUGGGAGGAAGAAGGAACCUAUGACCAAACUAUUGAGUUCCGAAGAGGAGGUGAUGGCCAGCCAAGGCGGUCCACUCGGCCAACCCAGCAGUUUUACCAACCUCCCCGGGCUCGGAACUAA